AUGGCGGAGGCCAACGCGCACGAAUAUGGUCCAGUCAUCGCAAGUAGCAAUCGCUACCUAGACAUUGAGCCCUACUGCGGACGCAUCUACAACACCGAGUAUCACACAUGGCGCGAUGUACUACCUAGGGAGUUUCCUCAGAGUGCAACGAAGGAGGUCGAGGAGGCGUUUCUCAAGCACUACUUCACAGAACGCGAGAUCUACAUCCAGGGCGGCGAUCCAGGUGGCUACCGCUUCCUGAAGCAGGUCUGGUACUGCAUCGCGUUGUGGAACUACCAGAUCAAGAUACCGAAGGUCGCUGAUGAAUGGAUGACGGCGCACGAAAACAUCAUCACCAGUACUGCGCUUCGCAGCCACCUUCUGUCCCCCAAGGCUGAAGUGUCGGCCUUCUUCUUUCCACCAGAUGUUUAUACAUAUGGAGAGAAACUUCUGGGCCAAGUGAUCGGACUUAUUCAGUACCGCGUCAUGCAGCUCACAGCGGACGUUCAUCCUUGGCACGCAGCUUCUGGAUCUCGAACCACUACCGAAUCUACCUCGCCAUCAGCUCAGGCCGCUCUGGCAAAUCCGACCACAGCAAAGCACAUCGACGUUGCCGUUAGUGAACCGCCUUCGGAGAGCUCCAGCACAAGUCGGUCCUCUAGGAAGCAGCAAGCAGGUCUUGUGGUUGCGAAUCGGCCUGUGGCUAGUCUGUCGCCUGUCCCGGAAGAUAUACAUCGCCCUCGCGCCGAGAGCAGUACUCAGCCUCAGCUCCCGCCUGUGCAAGUUCGCAAACGUGGCAAUAGCUUCAGUAGGGUGCAGCAGAACACAACACGCAGCAGUUCGUUCAUGCCGCGAUCUCAGCAGCAAUAUCCUCACGUCGAUAUGCAAUAUGCUCAGCAACCUCCGCCUUUCAACUCUGCGGGUCCUACAAGCGGCAAUCUUCAUCCACACAUGGCGCAACAGCAUGGCCGUUUGUCAUCAGACGAGCAUGCUCAUCCAAUUCCCAAAAGCCCUCAUUUCAUCCAAGGUCAUGCAGCUGUGCCAGGCUCUGCUGCUCCACCACAUGUGAGCCAACAGAUUGGACCAUACGUGGAUCUCGUCAAUGGGCCCCCUCCGCCAUCUGACUAUCUCCCACCUAAAGUUGAGCCACGCCGAUUUGGACAUGCCGGUGAUGAGCAAUAUUUUGGGCACCGCUACGAUGAGGGACGAUUCUCCGUGCAAGCUCCUCUUGACGACAAACGCGGUACAAUCAGAUACGCAAAUAAUCGACGUGACAGCUACCCCACCCGCGGUGGCAAGCCUCGUACAUUCUCAGUCAGCCGCGGCAAGCCGUACAGCGGUAGGAACAGCUUCAGCAGCGGUAGUCGUAACUCAGAAGCCUUUAUCCAGGCCUCUGACGAUGCACGGUACACCGCGACUUUUGUCUCCGAGGACAAAAGCCGCCGCAACAGCAACUUCAGCAAUGACUGGCGUGCAAAGGCGCCGGGUGAUUGGCUGCCUUCCGGCGAGAAUCUUCCUCCUUCGCGUGAAGGUUUCACCUACGGUCAGUCAGGAAUGCCAUCUCAUCAGUCGAGUGGAGGUUUCAAAGGCAAUACAGCUGGCCAAUCACCCUACAUGCCGACUCCAGUGUAUGCACCUCUUCCCACUCAACAGGAGUUCGAAGCACCUGGGCCUGAGGGUCAACAGUACAUUGAGCACGAGAGCGAGCUUGGGUACGAUCCUGGCGCAAAUACACCGUAUACGAUCGCGCCAGGUUGUACGUACAUUGCCAAGCUUCUCGUCUUCUACGUACCACCGCAGAUGACAGAAGCCGAUGUCCACCAAUACUUCCAGGCUAUUGGACCAGUAAAGCUGGUGAGCUUGGGCCCCAACCAGCUCAAUACCGCCCCUCGUAACAUGUGGAUUACGUUCCGCAAUCACACGACCACGGUCAAGGCGCUGGCACUCAAUGGUACUCACUGGCCGAGUUCGAAUCAGCGUUUACGCAUCGAGGUGCCCAGGGAAUACUGGGAUCCCAGCCAUCACAAGUUCCCAGGCAGCGACCAUCCCGAGAACAGACGCCACGUAUUCAAGAGCUCGAGGGACCUCGAAAAGCACUACGGGCCACACCCUCAGCCGAAACAUCCAUCACAAGACGCACGUAACCUCAAAUAUGUCGCAGAUGUCCAGACGCCGACGAUAAAGAGUACAAAUGUGCCGAAUCUGACCAAAGACGUGCUCUCGGGGGCCUCCACUAUUGUUGCUUCGGGUCCGAGUACGCCUAAGAAGAAGUCGAAGCCGAAGAAGAGUAAGGGACGAGAGCCACCUGAGAAUGCGCCGGCCUCUAUUGCAAAGAGCAAGGCAGCAUCUGAAGAGACAAUUACCACGGAGCACGUCGGUACUAUCAAAGAGGGCAUAGUGAUCGAUACAACACCAAAGCCUUAUGCUGCGCAUACAUCGACUGAUUUGGCCAAGGAUACUACUUCUGCACAGGUAAACGCUCAUAGUCUCGAGGGCAAAGACGAGUUGGGUGCAGAGUAUGGAGAAUCCCAAGCCAAGCAAGCUGAAGACAUGACAUCGGUCCCGUCUGUCACCAACCCCGUGACCUCUGAAGAGUCACAAGGCGCUGAUGGUAGCGCCCAGCAGCCCUUUCGUGCGCAGACGCCGGCCGAGGCGAAAGCAACAGUCUCAGGAUCCGCUUCUACCGAAUCUGCCCAACCCACCACAGCCAUCUCACUGGAUUCGAAUGAAAAGACAACUAAGUCGUCUUCAGGGGCAGACGGAACCAAAGAUGUCCAAUUGAUCAUGAAGUCGUCUGAUUCGACAGCAUCCGUCACUGCUUCUUCGCCCGUGGCCACGCCAGCUGCUACACAGAAACAUGAUGAUGAUGGCGUGGACGAGAGCUUCCAUACAGCGAUUGAGUCGAACGAGAGUGCGAAGCAACAGAAGAUUGCGGAGCAAAAAAGCAGGCCAGAGUCAACCACCGCUGAGCCGGCUCAUACCACUGACGUGCCUCAUCACCUGUUGAGCAUAAAUAGCAGAACAGAGGAUCGAGGAACCGAUGAGACGACAUCCUCUGCGGUGACAGCCAUUACAACCAUCCGCACUCCGCUCGAAAUCUCUCAUGAUCCCAAACCCGUCGCUACCGAACAGACCGAGCCCAUUCCAGCUGAGUAUAUCCCUGUCGCUUCUCUUGGAUCCCAAACACCGGGCAGUCAAGCACGAUCACCGGCGUCCACUACUGGCAAGAAAGUCCCGAUACCUCUGCUAAUGGUCAAUAAAACCAAUUCGAACCGCACGAACGACGAUGCUAGCCCCAAGAUCGACAAUCCGGUAACGCCAACGUCUGUGAAUUCGCCUAGUUCGCCAACCACACCUGCUGCUACCAUGGCGAGCCCAAAGCAGCAGGCUAGGAAGGACUCUAGCGCAGCGUUGUCAUUACCUUCGACACAGACGAAGGUAGAUAAGUCGAAGGGUCCUGCCAAAACUGAAUCUUUGAGCAUGUUUGCUAAAAAACAGCAGACGUCGAAGUCGAAGAAGUCGAAACCGCAGAAGGGUAAAGGUUCGAUCAGAGACAAGUCGCUCUUCGACAAUGAUGGUGUUUCAAGUACGGCAAGCCCAUCUGAGAGCCGCGCUGCCAGCAUUGCCGCAGACACUUUUCCUCAGGAUGUGUUGGAUCAGGAUUUUAUGGGAGGAGAUCGUGCGAGCAUAGAUACAGUGAUGGAGUCUGCUGAUACACAGUCUACUGGGCCCGUGGACAACAGCACAUUGCAGUCGGCCCAAGGGGUAGGUGGUCUUCCACGUCAGCGGCCUGAUUUACAGAGUCGCAAGCAGACUAACACAAUGCCUGUGGAGUCGGCAGAUAACGAAUCAAGCGCUACCCGAAGCCCACAGCAGUCGUCAAACAAGUCUCCUGGUCCCGAAUCAGAUCCCAACCAGAGCCGUUCCGCUGACAUUGCCAAGGGCGCUGUUAGUUCAACCGAUGGGUCUCCAUCCUCCUCGGGAGCUUCGGCGCCUGCAGCGACGACGGGCUCAGAGGGUUCAGAUCAGACUCUUUUUCGUUCGUUUCGUGAGAGCGAUGCCUCUCUUGGUGUUCGUGACAGUGGCGAUAGUGGUGGAGCAAUUCCAGAUCCGACUGGCGGCAACGGCACUGUCCUUGAUCCUGCUAUACCUGGUGCUGGCAUGACGGAGGAUAAGCAUCCUCCUGCUGAUGAAGUGCCGAGCGAGGAGAAGGCGAAGAAGAAGAGUAGGAAGUCCGGUAACAAGAAAAAGAAGGGCAAGUCGAAGGCGGAUAACGACCAAGAAGAGUCGCAGCAGCCCACUGAGCAGGAUUCCGCCCAGCAGAGCACUGUCACUGUAGCCGAAACCCGUGCAACUACAGCCUGUUCAUCCGCCACGACUCCUGCUCCAAUAACACUAAUUCAGGCGCCGGGCUUCAUGUUCAAAUUCGGCCUGGACAAGACCACGCCUUCGACACCUUUUGCCAACAAAACAUCCACAGUACUCAGCUCAUCAGAAGAUCACACGACACUCUCGCCAACAGCAGCCUCAGCAACCAGCUCCCAUACCUUCGGCCGGCCUUCAGACACGUCGGGUGAUAAUACUCCCCCCUCCACUGCCGCUGCCUCGAGUUCUGCUGACUCGCCUAGCAGUAGAGUCCAGUCGUUGAUCGCGGCCCGUCAGCAGCAAUUACAGAAGAAGGGCGGCUCGGGUCUUGUUACGGCGCCGGUGAACCGGGGGAUGAUGGCUAAGAGGCAGCAUGCGCAUAGGAAGCGUGCUACUAAGUCUUCUGAUUCUUCUACUUCUUCAUCUGCUGAGGGUGAAAGGCAAGCAAAGGAGAAAGAUGAGGGGGAGGGAGAGGGUGAGGGUGACGUUGUUGUCGUUGGAGGUGAGGCUGAGACUAUGACGAGCGGGAGGAGACCAAGUGGUAGGUCUGCUCUCCUCUUGCGGUCUGCCGGGCUUGGUGGGAUCGGUAUCGAGGAUAGUGUCUUUGACGCUAGGCGUACAUUUCGGGGAUCGGGUGGACCGGGUACAUUGCUUAUCUAUAUUGCGGAUGGCAGCCACGAUGGGGAUGGGAGUGGUAAUGGUAAGGAGGCGGAGAAGGAUGAUGAUGAUGAGGGUUGGACGGGGAUAGUGGAGGAUGGCGAUGAGGAGGACACGAAGAAGUUAUAA